GAAAGCCACUCGCCUUCUUCCAUACCGAGUGUCUGCCCUCGCUCAAGAUCUGAACUGGAAUGGGCGGCGGUGGCGUGGCGGCGCUGGAGACGGGGAUGACGGAGAAGGAGGACGAGGAGGAAUCCUCGCCGAUCGAGGAGGUUCGCCUGACGGUGGCGUCCACCGACGACCCGUCGCUCCCGGUGUGGACCUUCCGGAUGUGGACGCUCGGCCUCAUCUCCUGCUGUUUGCUCUCCUUCCUCAACCAGUUUUUCGCCUACAGGACGGAGCCGCUCAUGAUCACCCAGAUCACCGUCCAGGUCGCCUCCCUCCCGCUCGGCCACUUCAUGGCCCGGGCGCUCCCGACGGCCAAGUUCCGCGUGCCCGGCCUCGGCCUCGUCUCCCUCAACCCGGGCCCCUUCAACAUGAAGGAGCACGUCCUGAUCUCGGUGUUCGCCAACGCCGGGGCCGCCUUCGGGAGCGGCUCCGCCUACGCCGUCGGGAUCGUCAACAUCAUCAGGGCAUUCUACAAGCGGAGCAUCAGCUUCCUCGCCGGAUGGAUGCUGAUCACCACCACCCAGGUGUUGGGCUACGGGUGGGCAGGGCUGAUGAGGAAAUACGUGGUGGAGCCGGCGCAUAUGUGGUGGCCGGGCACGCUCGUCCAGGUCUCGCUCUUCCGGGCUCUGCAUGAAAAGGAUGAGCGACGCAUGUCGAGGGCCAAGUUCUUCGUCAUCGUACUCGCCUGCAGCUUCACCUGGUACACCGUCCCCGGUUACCUCUUCCCCACUAUCACCAACAUCUCCUGGGUUUGCUGGGCCUUCUCCAACUCCGUCACCGCCCAGCAGAUCGGCUCCGGCCUUCAGGGUCUUGGCCUCGGCGCCUUCACCCUCGACUGGGCUGCCGUCGCCUCUUUCCUCGGCAGUCCCCUCGUCAGCCCCUUCUUCGCCAUCGCCAACGUCAUCGUCGGCUAUGCCCUGCUCAUGUACGUCGCCAUCCCCGUCUGUUACUGGGGCUUCAACCUCUACGAUGCCAAGACCUUCCCCAUCUUCUCCUCGGACUUGUUCACAGCGUCCGGCCAGGCAUACAACAUCACAGCCAUCGUCAACGAUAGGUUUGAGAUCAACAUGGAGGCAUAUGAGCAGCAGGGGAGAAUAAAUCUCAGCAUGUUCUUUGCCUUGAGCUAUGGCUUCGGCUUCGCUGCAAUCGCUGCGACGCUAACGCACGUCAUGUUUUUCUACGGAGGAGAGAUCUACGAUAGAUUCCGGGUCGCAUACAAAGGGAAGCCGGACAUCCACACGAAGCUAAUGAAGAAGUACGAAGAUAUCCCUCAAUGGUGGUUUCAAGUACUCCUUGUAGUGACAUUCGCAGCUUCUCUCAUCCUCUGCACCGUCUUGAAGGACCAAGUACAGCUCUCAUGGUGGGGGCUCAUCUUUGCCUGUGGUAUGGCCUUCAUUUUCACCCUCCCAGUUAGCAUCAUCACUGCAACUACGAACCAGACACCAGGCCUCAACAUUAUCACAGAGUAUAUGAUGGGAUUGAUACAACCUGGGAAGCCCAUCUCUAAUGUUUGCUUCAAGGUUUUUGGCUACAUGAGCAUGGCCCAAGCUGUGUCCUUCCUAUCCGAUUUCAAGCUCGGACACUACAUGAAGAUUCCACCCAAAUCCAUGUUCCUGGUUCAGUUCAUCGGCACCGUGAUCGCGGGGACGAUCAACCUGGGCGUGGCCUGGUGGCUGCUGGGGUCCAUCGAGCACAUCUGCGAGCCCCACAAUCUGCCGGAUAACAGCCCCUGGACGUGCCCGUCCGACCGCGUCUUCUUCGACGCGUCGGUGAUCUGGGGACUGGUCGGGCCGAGGCGCAUCUUCGGGCCGCAAGGCAACUACGGCUCGCUCAACUGGUUCUUCCUCGGGGGCGCCGUCGGCCCCUUCAUCGUCUGGCUCCUCCACAAGGCGUUCCCGAGUCAGUCCUGGAUCCCCCUCGUGAACCUGCCAGUCCUGCUGGGGGCGACCGGGAUGAUGCCGCCAGCGACGUCGCUCAACUUCAGCGCGUGGAUCACGGUCGGGACGGUCUUCAACUUCUUCGUCUUCCGGUACCGGAAGAAGUGGUGGGAGAGGUACAACUACAUCCUGUCGGCGGGGCUGGACGCGGGCUUGGCCUUCAUGGGCGUGCUGCUCUACUUCACGCUGAGCAUGGAGAACAGGAGCAUCAGCUGGUGGGGCACCAAUGGGGAGCACUGCCUCCUCGCCUCCUGCCCGACGGCCAAGGGAGUGCAGGCGGAUGGGUGCCCUCUGUUUUAGUUAUUCUUUUUUCAGUACAUAGACACAUAAACACCCAAUUCCUUAGCCUCCGUCACUGUCGACGGAGCAGUUCAGUUAGAUUAUGCUAAGCUUUGUUGGUAUUGGACCUGGUCAAGAAUUUCCCUGCAAGAUCUGUAGACUUUAGCUUUGAAUAGCCAAAGAUUCAAGAAUGCAGAAAAAUAUCGUCGUAGAAUUCAUUGAACAAAA